AUGGCUUCAUCAACAAAUCAAUUGUACAAAAAACGUAGCAAUGUGUGGAAUCAUUUCACACUUACAAAUGGGAAUAUGGCAAAAUGCAACUAUUGUAAUGAAAAAAAAAGUUUUUCUGGGGGAUCAACAGGCAAUCUUUUAAGGCACAUAAAGACAAAGCAUGUCACAGUUCCACUGCAAAGAUCAACACCACAGGUAGCAGAGGAAUCAAACUCUGAGUACCUUGACAAUCCACAACCAUCGACAUCCGCUUCUCAAUCUACAUCUGCAAUAGUUCAUUCUUCUACAACAUUUUCGUCUUCAAUAAUUCAAAACAAAAAUAGUUAUCAAUCAUCUAUAGCAAAUUUCAUUCAUCGACCUCUGCCAUUGUGUAAAUCUGUAUCAAUUGACCAUCAAUUAAUAAAAAUGAUAGUAAAAGAGUAUCACCCCUUUAGCAUAGUCGAAGAUAAAGAAUUCAGAAAAUUAUUGAAUAUGCUGUCCCCUAAUUACAUAAUUCCUUCAAGAAAAACAGUUUCUAAUAGUUUAUUGCCCCAAAUGUAUGAGAUGGUUGUCCAAAGAGUAAAAGAUAAAUUAAAAAAUGUAUCUGCAGUAUGUCUUACAACUGAUGGAUGGACAUCAAGGAAUAAUGAAAGUUUUUUGGCAGUAACUGCUCAUUUCAUAGAUCCAGAUAAUGUCACUGAAUUAUCUUCAGUUUUGUUAGCAUGUACUAGUUUUGAAGAUAGUCAUACAGCUGAUAAUUUAGCUUUGUUUUUGAAAAAUACCGUAGAUGAGUGGGGAUUGAGUCAGCGUAUAACUGUUGUAGUAUCAGACAAUGCUGCAAAUAUUAAAAGUGCAAUUGAAAAAUGCAAUUGGAGACGGUUGUCAUGUUUUGCGCAUGAUAUCAAUUUGAUUGUUCAUUGUGGAUUGGGUAAAAUUGAGCCUGUUGUAACAAAAAUUAAAGACAUUGUAUCUUACUUUAAAAGAAGUUCUCGUGCAUUAGCUAAAUUGCAGGAAUAUCAAAAACAAACCGGAAAUCCAAUUUUAAAGUUGAAACAAGAUUGCCCAACACGGUGGAACUCAACUUUUGAUAUGUUCGAUAGAAUAUUGAGAAUAAAGGAGCCAAUAAUUGCAACAUUAGCCAUUUUAAACAACACCGAAUUAAAUUCACUUACUCCAAAUGAAUGGCAAGUUGUAGAUAAAUCAAAAGAGUUGUUGAAAAUUUUUUAUGAUGCCACUGUUGAAAUAAGUGCAGAAAAAAAUAUUUCAAUAUCAAAAAAAAUAAUUAUGGUAAGAGCUAUGUUUAAAGUUACACAGACAUUUAUAAAUGACACAAAUUUACCCAGAGAAGUGCUGAAUAUGGCCAAUACUUUAAAAGAAAAGAUGAUGAUUAGGUUUGACAGAAUUGAAGACAAUUUACUUAAUGAGGACAAAUAUAAUAGGACUAUAUCCCAACUUCGUAAUAAAUUACAAAGCAGCAUAAGAACAGAGCAGUUAGAUUUACCUCAACAGUCAUCUUCUUCAACACCUCAGUAUUCCAACUCGGCCAUCUGGGGAGAUUUUGACAAGUCUGUGGUUAAUGCUAUCGAUUGA